AUGCAGUGGAGUAAUAUAUUCAUUGUUGUACUUCUCGUACAAUCAUUAUUAAUUAUUGAUAUCGAUGGUAAUGCUAGUCGUCGUCGCCAACGUCGUCAACGUGGCGAUACAUCAGGAUCAUUGUAUGGUACAAAUUCGAACUUAGGCGCAAGUGCACCAGCAGGUUAUAAUUAUCCUUCAAAUACGAAUAUACAAGGAAUACGUAUGAAUAAUGCUGAUGCACGAGAUAAUAUGGGUAAUCCACUCAUAUCAUCACAAUAUGCAGACAAUUCUUUAAGUAGUGUUAAUUAUUAUAAUCAACCAAGACCACAACAAAAUCAAGUUUAUGGAACAAGUGAUCAAUCAUCAUCAAAUUCUUUAUAUCCUGGAAAUAACUUCUAUUCUCCUAGUGGUACAAAUCAAAUUCUACGCGAUACAAAUGGAAAUCCUCUUUCAUCAGGAUCCAUUGGUAAUUCAUUUUAUUCUUCAUCCAAUACUCAAAUGGCUUAUCCACCGAAUACAAAUCAAGUUUUAACUAAUAAAGACCAAUAUGGUACAUCAAAUAUAAAUACUAAUCAAUAUGGUUAUAACAGCAAUCCCUACGGUGGACAAAUGAAUAAUAAUAAUAAUAAUCUGUUACCCAAUAGUAAUACCUAUGGUGGACCAAUGAAUAACAAUAAUAAUUUGAUACCAAAUAGCAAUGGCUAUAAUGUGCAAACGGGUAACAAUUUAGUACCAAAUAGUAAUACUUAUAGUGGCUAUAUGGGUGUUAGUAAUACUAAUAAUCGAUAUAAUCCAAAUUCUGCUAAUACUUGGUAUCCAAAUAAAGAUACAAAUACCAAUAAUAAUAAUAAUUAUAAUAGUUACGGAUAUUCAAAUCCAAAUUCAAUUUAUUAUAACAAUAGUUAUCAAUUAGUAACAUCAUCUUUAAUUAUAUUUCUUUCAUUUUUGGCUACUAUGAUCGUACAAUAA